UUCCAGAAUAAUGCGGAAAAUGAGCAUGAACGUCGACAACAACACCGGGGGAUUUUCGGAGCUGCGAGCAGUGUACGGCGUAUGGGACAUGUACCCAAGCAUGAUGCGGAACGCCUGCAUCAACUAUCACAGCCGCAAGAAAGCCUCACUCUUCACCGAUGAGAGAUGGUACGCCUCGAGGCCUUACCUUGUCAUGUACAUGUCCUACGCCGGGAAGCCACUGAGCAAGGUUCAGUUUGAGAGUGCCCUCCAGAUCCGUUCGGUGGUGCAGCAGCUAGCCCUGACGCUUGCCAUAGGUGAGUCAGCACUGGAGUUUGAGCACCGCGCCCUGACGCCUGCCCACGUAUUGGUCAAUGGGGCAGAAGAUCGAUUGGCGCCCUUCUGGUUAGACGGACAACGACUGCUCGUUGACAUGUUCGACGUCCAAGUGACGGUGGUGGACUUCUCCACAGCGCGCCUGAAGCCUCCCGGUGAAGAUUCGCAGGCUAUGUUUGCAGACCUGACUAAGAUGCCGGAGGAGAAGCGGGUGUCCCUAGGAGGCACUUUCGCCACAGUGUACAGCAUGGUAAGCGAGGACCUGUCCCGGUUCUACCAGUGGACCAACCUGAUUUACCUUGAGAUGCUCACCAGGAUGCUGGUCAAAGCGUACGAAGAACGCUUCGCCGGUGCCACUGACGAGGCCGAACGGCAGGCGUGGAGUGAUGUGUGCUUCUGGUUGAACGAGAUGCCCCACUGCGGCACCACGUGGAACUUCGCACGCGAGCUCAUCGUACCUAGUGCAUGGUCCACUACGUCGCUGUCAUCGCUGUGAUGUCACCUGUCGGCAAAAUAACGCGGAGCGAGUCAUAGGGCAGCGAGCCACGUCAGUUGGCUAGAAUGAUGCAGUCCUGAGAUUAUUAAAAAAAAUUCUAAGCAAACGAAGUCGCACAUAAGAAUAUUUAUAACUUGUUCGUUAUGACAUACGGAAUUUGUUAGUGCGACAGAUUUCGGUAAGUUCGGGAUAAAGCUCCUUAUACUUAUACUUAUACGGAUAAGCUCGAUAAUACAAAGCAAUUAGGUAUUAUAAUGCGUGCGCAUACAUCCUACCCCUGGAUAUAUACGAAGGAUACGAACAAUCAAUUCGUGCUAGAGAGUUUGAUUUUGUCGUGUUUCAGCUGGGUUUAUGACUUGAGCAUGCGGGACAGAGACAAAUGUCAAUAGGCGAUUCCUUAUAGAUUAUACCAUUUCUUGUGAUGUGCCGAUGUAUGAGUGAUGCAUGUUUCGUCUUUAGUAAAUUGUGUUUUGUACAAGGACGAGUCGAUUGAAAAUUCAAAAUAUUAGCUUUAUCGUUAUUUACUAACUCACCCUAGACGUGUAGCUUACGUUCUGCCGACCCGUUUCAUCUUCUACCUUUUGAAUAAUGCAAGAAAAUAAAGUUCGCAGAAUUGUCGUCAUCGCAUAGUGAAUAGCCCUAAUAUUGGACUUGUAUCGCUUUACCUUCAGCUACGAUUGCUGCAACUCAGUUUUAAAGGUUGUUCAC